CACAAGUUCAUCAUCUACAACCCCACUUCUGUCAAUUCCAUCCCGUCUCUGUGGACUCAGCAUCGGCGUACCACCACUCCCUCAUUAUGUCAUCAUAACAAACAGCACGUGAAUGCAGCCAACCUCAGAACCCUCCCCAAAACCUCACAACCAACCACAAAACACUCCAUGAAGCUUGCUCUGUUCAACACUCGAUCACUAAGCAACAAAGGCCCAAUCAUCAAUGAAGUCAUCACUGACAACAACCUUGAUAUCCUCUGUCUCACUGAAACUUGGCAAAAACACCUGGAUUACUACGCACUCAAUCAAACCACCCCAACUGGAUAUCAUUACCUGGAUAAACCACGCCCUGAUGGCCGCGGUGGAGGAAUUGCCGCUCUUCACCGCCAACAUAUCAAGACCAGACUGACUAACAUCGACAGUCCACCCUCAUUUGAACAGCUCACAUUCAAACUCUCUGGUCCUAAACCCCUGGUCAUUGCAAUUAUCUACCUCCCCCCCAAACCCAACCCUGCCUUCCUCUCUGACCUAUCUGAAUUCCUCACCCAGCUCUGCUCCGUCUCACCUUCCAUCCUGUUGCUUGGUGAUUUCAACAUCCACAUUGACUCCUCAGACUGUAAAACUGCCACCGAAUUUCUGGACCUGCUUAAAUGCUUCAACUUCACUCAACACAUCGACUUCCCCACCCACAACCGCGGGCACAUCCUGGACCUGGUCUGCUCCACUGAAAUCACCAUCAACCACCUCUCCGGCUAUGACCUCACCAUCUCCGACCAUCUAGCCAUCAUCAUGGAGAUCGACAUCCCAAUCCCAGAACCCAAACUCACGCGCACCAUCACUCUCCGAAAUAUCAAACUAGAGCGACUCUCCAAAAAAACCGGCCUCACAGUUCACACCCUGGCGUACAAGAAACACAUACACCAAUACAAACUGGCUCUAAACUCUGCUCGCUCCACCUACUACUCUGGCAUCAUCCGCUCUGCAGAGAAAUGCAACUCCUUUCUGACGUUCUACCAAGCUAAAAUCGACACCAUCUACAACCAACUGGUCACUUCCAGCCCCGCUUUGUCCAACCCUACUCCGACCUGUGACCUCGAUCCUAUCCCUUCCACUUUAGUUAUGGCCUGUCUCCCGGCCCUCUGCCCGCACCUCCUCUCUGUCAUCAACUCCUCCCUGUCUACUGGCUCCGUCCCUCCCGCCCUCAAACUCGCCUCAGUCACACCCAUCCUCAAAAAACCUGGCCUUGACACCGACAUUCACAACAAUUACAGACCCAUCUCCAAUCUCCCUUUUCUGUCUAAAAUACUGGAACGCACUGUUGCCCAUCAACUGAAAACCCACCUGGACUCAAACCAACUGUAUGAACCAUUUCAAUCCGGAUUCAGAUCUCAUCACAGCACAGAAACUGCCCUCAUCAAAGUCACCAACGAUCUCCUCCUCUCCUCUGAUGAACACUCCCUCAACAUCCUUAUACUGCUCGACCUCAGCGCAGCCUUCGACACCAUCAACCACUCCAUCCUCCUUUCACGUCUCGAGUCCUCCCUCCACAUCACUGGCACAGCCCUCUCCUGGUUUAAAUCAUACCUCUCCGACCGUGAACAGUUCAUCAGCAUCAACAAAUUCAAGUCUGACACAGCCCCAGUCUCUCAAGGUGUCCCCCAAGGUUAAGUACUCGGUCCCCUCCUCUUCAUUCUCUACCUGCUCCCCCUUGGUGACAUCAUAGGCCACCAUGGUCUCCAGUACCACUGCUAUGCUGACGACACCCAGCUCUACAUCUCCACCAAAUCCAUCACCCCCACCAUCCACUCCACCAUCACCAACUGCCUCACAGAUAUAAAAACCUGGAUGCAAGCCAACUUCCUCAAACUCAACACCGACAAAUCUGAAGUCCUCAUCAUCGGCCACAAAUCAUUAAACAAUUCCCACCACAACUUCUCCCUCUGCAUCGAUGGCAUCACUGUUCCUGCCUCCACACAUGUCCGUAACCUCGGGAUCAUUUUCGAUCAAACUCUCUCAUAUGAACGCCACGUCAAUCACAUCACAAAAACCGUCUUCUUUCAUCUCAAAAACAUCGCCCGUCUCCGUCCCUCCCUCUCCUCCGCAGCCGCUGAAACACUCAUCCACGCCUUCAUCACCUCUCGACUGGACUACUGCAACAGCAUCCUGUACGGCUCACCCACCAAAAUCAUCAAUAAACUACAAUACAUUCAGAACUCAGCUGCCCGUCUGCUCUCCCACUCCCACACCAGAGACCACAUCACCCCAGUCCUUCAAAACCUCCACUGGCUCCCCAUACAGCAAAGAAUCCUGUUCAAGAUCCUCCUCAUCACUUACAAAGCCCUCCACAACCUUGCCCCUUCAUACCUUUCGGACCUCCUGUACCAUCACACUCCCAACCGCAACCUC